GUUUUUAGCUGAGAACUACAACUUUUAAUGUAAAUAUGAUUUCGUGUCAAAAUUUGUUCGUACUCCGCGGCCAACUGCCGGCGAUCCGCUGCUGCCGCCGGUACCAACAGCACCUACGGACAACUCUGAAACACAGCUCCAGCUUCUCGCCCUGGGGCCCCACGGCAGCGCCGAGUAUAUCGCAUGCGUCCGCGUCCAAAUUGUCAUUGCUGGGGCUUAGGACACGCGAUGAUGGACGGCACACAGUCCGCAGUUUUCACACCUCCAGCCGCAUGCUGGCCAAAGACUACUACACGACACUGGGGGUGGCCAAGAACGCCAAUGGGAAGGAUAUCAAGAAGGCCUACUAUCAGCUGGCCAAGAAGUACCAUCCGGACACCAACAAGGAGGACCCGGAUGCCGGUCGCAAAUUCCAGGAGGUCUCCGAGGCCUACGAGGUGCUCAGCGAUGAUCAGAAGCGGCGUGAGUACGACACCUACGGCCAGACGGCGGAGAACAUGAGUCGUCAGGGUGGCGGAUUCGGUGGCGGCGGCGGCGGGGCAGGACCCUUCGGACCCGAGGGCUUCUCACAGAGCUGGCAGUUCCGCUCGACCAUCGAUCCCGAGGAGCUGUUCCGCAAGAUUUUCGGCGAGGGAAACUUCCGCACCAACAGUUUCGACGACUUCGCCGACUCCAAGUUCGGUUUCGGCCAGGCUCAGGAGAUGGUCAUGGACUUGACCUUCGCCCAGGCAGCUCGCGGCGUCAAUAAGGAUGUGAAUGUCAAUGUGGUGGACGAGUGCCCCAAGUGCGCCGGCUCCAAGUGCGAGCCGGGCACAAAGCCGGGCCGCUGCCAGUACUGUAACGGCACAGGCUUCGAGACCAUCUCGACGGGACCCUUCGUCAUGCGUUCCACGUGCCGCUACUGCCAGGGCACGCGCCAGUACAUCAAGUAUCCGUGCAGCGAGUGCGAGGGCAAGGGAAAGACUGUGCAGCGCCGCAAGGUGACUGUACCGGUGCCGGCGGGCAUCGAGAACGGACAAACGGUGCGCAUGCAGGUGGGCAGCAAGGAACUGUUUGUGACCUUCCGAGUGGAACGGAGCGACUACUUCCGCCGUGACGGGGCCGACGUACACACAGACGUGGCCAUCUCGGUGUCACAGUCCGUCCUGGGCGGCACUGUACGCGUCCAGGGCGUCUACGAGGACCAGUGGAUUAACAUUGAACCGGGCACCUCCUCCCACCACAAGCACACGUUGCGAGGCAAGGGCCUUAAGCGGGUAAACGCUCAUGGCCAUGGCGAUCACUAUGUACACAUCAAAAUUGAUGUGCCGCGGAAGCUGAGCAAGGAGCAGCGCGCACUCAUCGAGGCCUUCGCCGAGCUGGAGCUGGACACGCCAGGCAAGAUCCACGGCAUCACCCAGACAAAAAAUGGCAGUAAGAAAGCAACCACAGGUGCGAGUGAACAAUCCGGAGCUGUUGGAGGCGGAGCAGCCAAAGGAACCAGCAAAGAAAGCACAAGCGAAACCAAGGAACAGCAGGACCAAAAAGAGUCCAAGCCCAGUGGGGGAUCAGGGCAAAGCGAAGGCGGAGGCGGGGGAGGCUUCUUAAACAAGAUCAAAUCUAUGUUCAACUGAAACACAAUUGUUUUACGUUAAUAUUUAAGCAAAAACAAUGUUAAUGUUGCUCCUAAGAUAACGUUUUGUUUUAAGUCUAAGACUAGGGGUACGAGCAGCAGGACCUAUUCCAAGUGGAAGAGACGAAUAAACGAUGUUCACAGUCACAGUCCAA